AAUUCAUUAUUGCUUCCUCUAUCCCAAAAUCAUCUUCCCACUUACCACUUUUUGUUGUCCCGAAAUCUUACUCCUUACCUCUUUGAAAAAAUUUUCUAGUGAAAUGAUAUUUGCACCCAUCAACGGCCCAAGUGCCCAAUAUAAAUUUCACUCAUCUUAUUAAAUAGUCAUUUCCUCGAAUGAAUAAAUACUCUGGGAUACCGUUAACCCAAUUGCUGACCCACUCUUAAAAUCUGUGUCAUUUUCACAUAGGAACAUCAUUUUGGGAAGGUGAGUGUUUUUAUAAGUCCCAUACUAAAUUUAUUUUUGCUUCUUAUCUGAUAUCCACCUUGGAUGCACUAAACUUAUGCUUAAAAUAGUAAAACAAUGCAGGAAGAGCUAAAACUUCUAUGUUCCUCCUUUCCAUAUCAAUUGCCUUAUAGUUUCCCAUUCUUAUCCACUUCGGCAAACAUUAUUUUGAGCUCCAUUUUUGAACUUUCGAAAACUGAGCUAUUUUGGUACAAGUAUUGUGGAAAGCCAAUUUUCUAUCCGUACGUAUACAGAUACUCCCUCUGUCCCUCAAUGAAGUUUUACACAUUUCUAUUUUGUCUAUCACACAAUGAAGUUUACACUAUUCUUUUUUUUGUCGUGAAAUGAUCUGCACACUUCUUUCAUUUCCUUUUUAGGAAAAGAAUACUGUGGGACAGAGGGAGUAUAUUUUUUGAAUCUAUGUGUGCAUCACAGACUGCCUUCCUGAAAUCUUAAUGCGACGUUUCUUUGUGUUUGAUGCUUCUGUGAAGUAGUUUCCAGCUAAUUUGUUAGUUUCUGACUCCACGGAGUAACUUUUGUCGUGGAACAAGGUACCCUUGUUUGCAGUUAAAGUAAAUAUUCUCCCUGUUCAAAAGGACUUCACCUGAAGCAAGAACUUGACUGUUUCUGUUUUCUACCAAAACUUCUUGCUUUCCUAUCUUAUAAUUUAUUGUUUGCUUUCUAGCUUUGAUAACCUAUUCAUAGUGUAUGCUAGGGAAAAUAUACUCUUGUGUUAGCGUGUAGGAAAUGCAUAAACCAGCUGCGUCUAGGAGCUGAUUAAAGAGAAAUCGCUCCGUAUAACAAUGGCGACGAGGAGCUCUCUGCAGCUGGUAUUCAGCAGCAUUUCCAGAGGAAGCAUUCGGAACUUCUGUAACGCCGCCCGAGCCAAUGCGGCGGCGGCGGCGCCGUCAUCUUCUUCCCAGCACCUCAUGGAUUUGGAGUCCGAGUGCAGCGCUCACAAUUACCAUCCAAUUCCCAUUGUUUUUUCUCGAGCAAAAGGAUCAUCUGUCUGGGAUCCAGAAGGGAACAUGUAUCUUGACUUCCUUUCAGCAUAUUCUGCUGUCAACCAGGGGCACUGCCAUCCCAAGAUCAUGAAGGCAUUAGUAGAACAAGCUGAAAAUUUAACUGUUAGUUCAAGAGCAUUUUAUAAUGACAAAUUUCCAGUAUUUGCUGAACUUCUUACCAGCAUGUUUGGUUACGAAAUGGUGCUGCCAAUGAACACUGGUGUAGAAGGAGUAGAGACAGCUUUGAAGUUGGCAAGGAAAUGGGGAUACAUGAAGAAAGGAAUACCGAAAGACGAGGCUAUGAUCGUCUCAUGUUGUGGUUGCUUUCAUGGACGCACACUUGCUGUGAUAUCCAUGAGCUGUGAUCACGAUGCAACUCGUGGAUUUUGGCCCUUAAUGCAUGGCAAUCUUAAAGUAGAUUUUGGUGAUGCAGCUGCACUUGAGAAACUAUUCAAGGAAAAAGGAGACAAAAUAGCUGGUUUUUUAUUUGAACCCAUCCAAGGAGAGGCUGGGGUUAUAAUUCCCCCGGAUGGAUAUCUGAAAGCUGUUAGAGAUCUUUGCUCAAAAUAUAAUAUCUUAAUGAUUGCUGAUGAGAUACAAAGUGGGCUGGCACGAUCAGGAAGAAUGCUUGCAUGUGACUGGGAAGGGGUCCGCCCUGAUGUCCUAAUAUUGGGAAAAGCAUUGGGUGGUGGAGUGUUACCUGUAAGUGUUGUGCUAGCAGACAAAGAUGUUAUGCUUUGUAUUCGCCCAGGAGAGCAUGGAAGCACUUUUGGAGGGAAUCCUUUGGCCAGUGCAGUUGCCAUUGCAUCUCUAGAGGUAAUAAGAGAUGAAGGACUUGCAGAGAGAUCUGCUCAGUUGGGAGAGCAACUCAGAAACCAACUAAUUAAGGUUCAGCAGAAAUUUCCUACAUUGAUAAAGGAAGUUAGAGGAAAAGGCCUAUUCGAUGCAGUAGAGCUGAAUAAGAAGGCCUUGUUCCCGUUGACAGCCUACGACAUAUGCCUAAAGAUGAAGGAGAGAGGAAUUCUUGCUAAGCCAACUCAUGAUUCUAUAAUACGCCUAACGCCUCCUCUCUCAAUGAGUGCUGACGAAAUCCAGCAAGGGUCCAAGGCGAUACACGACGUUUUGGAGUUUGAUCUACCAAAGAUGCAGAAAGAGAAGCCAUCACAGGUACCCCACACUGAAUCAUCUGAUAAUGCAUGUGACCGUUGUGGACGCAAUUUGUAUGCCGCUGUGUAGUAAAGGCAGAUUGCGUCCUCAUGUCCUCUAAUUGCCUUUGAAGUUUUCUGUAUGUCCGUGCCAUUGGUAGCCAUAUUUAGACUGAUUGAGAUUUUUUGAGAAUGUUGAUGCAAUUUGAACGUUGUAACUUGUUUUUGUGGCGCGAACGAGGCCAGUUUUCUAAAUAAUACGGAGUGCUACAUUGCUAUUUACUUCAAUUCAGUAUCAUUCACUUAAGUUUAGUCCAGUGCAUAGAUUUAAAUUGGAAAUAUUUGAAAUGGAUGGGUGUAUAUCUUUUACCAAAGAGACAUGACUAUUCAUAAAGGGCAUAUCUUUUU